UUAAUAUAAUGAUCAUUUAUUUAUCUCUUUUUCUUUCAGAAAGAAGGGGGAAAAACAGGCCAUGGACCCAGUUACAAAAACUCCUGCUAUUCAAGAAGUGGACGGCUUUUUUAUUCCAAAAAUGUUUUCCCCGGAUGCUUUUAGAGAUACCUUGAAGUACCGGCCGCGAGACGAUGAUGUUUUUAUAGUGACGUAUCCAAAAUGUGGGACAACAUGGGUUCAGCACAUUGUAAUGAGCAUUUUUAAGAAGGGAGAACCGAUUGCUAAUUUCCUGGAGUUUCAAAGAUCGACCCCUUUCUUAGAGAUGACUGGGCCUAAAGCUGCCGAAUUUAUGCUAAGGCCGGGAGCCAUCAAAACUCAUCUUCCUUUCCAUCUCCAGCCUUAUUCUCCCAAAGCAAAGUUUAUUUAUGUCGCCAGAAACCCUAAAGAUUGUUGUGUAUCGUUCUUCCACCACAUGAAGAUGUUUCCGGGCUAUGAAUUUCAGGACGGAUGUUUUGAUGACUUCUUUGAAUUGUUUAUUAACGGAUUCGUAGAUUUUGGAGAUUACUUCGACCACCUUCUCUCCUGGUACGAGCAUCGGAAUGAUCCAAAUGUUUUGUUUAUCACGUACGAAGAGAUAAAGGCUGACACAGAAGCUUCGGUGAUGAAAAUGGCCGGCUUUCUCGGCAAAGAAUAUGUAACGAUGUUGGAGAACGACCCGUCCAUCAUGAAAAACAUUUUAUACUACACAAGUAUUGAAUACAUGAAGAAAAACACCAACAAGCACCUUGCAGACUUUUUGAUGGCUCCACCAGAUUUAUUGUUAGCAGAUCCCAAUCUUCCAGACGGACUUCGAUACUUCAUAACCCACGUGAAAAAUUUGAAUGUUCCGCCACCGAAAGAGAGCACCUUCAUACGUAAAGGUAUUGUAGGAGACUGGAAGAAUUAUCUCUCUCCUGAACAGUCGGAAAGACUGGCUAAAAAAUUCAAAGAGAAAACAAAGGGAACAGACAUCCCAAAACUGUGGCCAGAUAUGUUUCACUAGCCACAACAACGAUUUAAAAAUAAUUGUUAAUUCUGAGGGCUUGUAUUUUAAAUCUGUUUAUUUCUCCCAUGUCUACCACGUUAUCUAUUUAGUUAAUUUUUUGAGUUUUGUACUCGAUAUUGUAAUCGUAUUUUAAUCUUGUGAAGUGCACGUGAAUAAAUAUUUUUACUAUUUC